AUGGAGGAGAUAUCCAGUGAUCUCCACUCCCACCCGGCGCAGAGCAGCUAUGACCAGAGAAGCACCACAGUUGCGACACUACGGGCAAAGAUGAAGAAGAGGAAAAUUCCUUACUUCCUCUUUGCGCGCAAAUCCGAACUCGUCGCAGCGUUGGAAGCCGACGACGCGAAGCUACUCCAGGAGUAG